AUGGCCGGUUCUACGACUCGCGAGCUUCGCUUUGUCACCGUGAGCGGCGAGAAGUCUCAUUCGAGUACGGACAAUAAAGAGCGCAGCUCGGUGCGUGCCUUCGUGAUGAGAGACUACCUGAGACAGAAGAGCGAUCCCACGUCGAAAUUUACCCCCGCAAAUGUUGACCGGCACAUGACUUCCCACAUGUCACGAUUCCGAUCCACCAGGCCUUCAAAUGUAAAGCCCAGGAAGCGGAGAAUGGUUACAACAGCUCGUGGUCGCAGAUCCGUGGGAAUACCAAGAAGCCGGAGGCCACUCGUCCCAGCACUUCCUGAUUCCAACGAAGAACGGUCCGGUAUCUCAGGGCUGCAUGGUCUUGACGCGUUAGAUCCAUUUGGCACGCUGAAAGUUGAUCUCGCGGAAUCACAAACUCAGAGCCUUCUCCAAUAUUAUUCGACCUCGUUCUGGGCCAACUCAUUUGCCUGCAAUCCCGAGGCGAGAUGGAUUUCCGUUGCACUGAUGGACCCAGCGAUCAUCCACGCGACAUUGAGUUUGGUUGCAAUUCAUAGAAGAGACUGUUUUUCGUUUGAUUUGUCCAAGGUCUACUUCAAGCAUCGGGGCGAAGCCAUGCGGAUUGUUGCGCAAAGGCUGAACAAUUUACAAGAAUCUCUAAGCGAUGAGACAGUGGGGGCAGUUGCGCUUCUCUCCAGUUCCGACAACCACUUCGAAUGGCCAACGGAAGCUCAAACCACCCAUUCCGAGGGCCUGGGCCAUUUAGUUUCCAUGCGCGGUGGUAUGGAGACAUUGAACUCGAACAGACACAUUCAACGAGUGGUGGGAUGGGCAGACUUGCUGCAGUCCGCCAUGCACGGUACCAGACUUCGGACCCAGAUGCCAACCGUGGUGGAAAAAGCUUCGGCUGAAGGUCUAGUUCCCAACGAUGACAGCAACCAGGGGCAACCGACAGGAGCAAGCAUUGGCUUGAAAGAUCUACCUCAAUCUGUAGGAGAUAUGGUGCGACAGCUGCGCAUUUUGUCGUCUUUGAAGGCAUCCCUGCUCCAGGAUCGCCAACAACAUUUAUGUCGGACUUUUAGCGACCUGCUCUGGAAGCUCGAGUAUUCUAUCCUAGAUGUGCCGCUGAGACCCGCGAGCGCUGCUAACCGCAUGGAUCGGGAUGCACUACCUCAACAUAGGCUGAUGGAAAAUGUGGUGGGCACUGCUACCCUGAUAUUCUCAUAUCGGAUUCUCCGCGACCUCGCUGCACCCAUUCUCUACACCAGGCUGAGUAGUCGAUUGAGAGCUUAUAUCUCCGCAAUGGUGGUGUCCCCAGGAAGAUCACAAAAUCAAAUGAAACGAGCAGCACCUGAGGAUGGACUCUUGGGUGAUGAACUGCCGGACGACUCUCAUCUCGCCCUUCUGUUGUGGGCCCUUUACCUCGGAUGGCGUGGCUCACAGAACGACGUAAAGAAUCGGACCUGGUUUGCAACUCAAGCUGCACAGCAUUGCUGGAGACAUGGAAUCCUGUCCCUUGCCUCGAUCAGAGACGAGAUUCAGAGCGUGAUUCCGCAGGCGCAACCCUUGCUGGAAAUUCAAGAGGGGUUCGGGGACGAUGUAGAGGAUAUUAUAUGGUCGGAGAUGAUCUCUCUAUCCUAA